GGAGGCGGCGCGGGACACCGCCGAGUUCCAGCAGUUUGCUCGCUGUCGUGCAGCCGCGGUGCCGCUUUGGCCGGGCACCCGCUGUCCCACCCCUGCUGGGAGCGAGACGGGACCAUUUCGGAUCGCAAGCAAACGGCCCCCUCCUGUCUAGUCGUGGCUUUUCCAAACCCUCCGAGAAGAGCGGGAUCGUUCGGUCCUUCCUGCAUUUCCGACCAUUACAGGAUCUAGAAAUGUCUACGACACUUUUAUCUGCCUUCUACGACAUUGACUUCUUGUGCAAGACCGAGAAGUCCCUGACCAACCUGAGCAGCAUGCUGGACAAGAAGGCAGUGGGCACCCCGGUGACCUCCCCCAGCUCCAGCUUCGCGCCGGGAUUUCUGCGGAGGCACUCGACCAGCAACCUGCAGGCUCUGGCCAACGGCUCCAAGUUCCCCAACCCCACCGGCUCCAGCUCUUCCUCCUCCUCCUCCUCUUCCUCGUUCGGCAGCUUGAAGGAGACGGGCACCGGCGGCGGAGGCGGGAGCAGCAGCCCCACCGCUCUGCUCAACAAGGAGAACAAGUUCCGGGACCGCUCCUUCAGCGAGAAUGGCGAGCGCAGCCAGCACCUCAUGCAGCAGCUCCAGCAGCAGCAGGCCGCGGCCGGCAAGGGGGGCGGCUCGGGCGGCGGCGGCGGCGCCCCCAUCAACUCGACGCGCUACAAGACGGAGCUGUGCCGCCCCUUCGAGGAGAGCGGCGCCUGCAAGUACGGCGAGAAGUGCCAGUUCGCCCACGGCUUCCACGAGCUACGCAGCCUCACCCGCCACCCCAAGUACAAGACCGAGCUCUGCCGCACCUUCCACACCAUCGGCUUCUGCCCCUACGGCCCGCGCUGCCACUUCAUCCACAACGCCGACGAGCGCCGCCCGGCGCCCGGCGCCGGCACCGCCGCCGCCUCCCCCGCCGCCGCCGCCGGGCCGCACCACCACCACCACCAUGCGCACCACCCGCCCCCGCACCCUGCCGGCAGCACCGGCGACCUGCGCGCCUUCGCCCCCCGCGACCACCCGCUGGGCGGCGGCGGCGGCUUCGGGCACCAGCGCGGCGGCGAGCGGCCCAAGCUGCACCACAGCCUGAGCUUCUCCGGCUUCUCGGCCCACCACCACCACCACCACCACCCGCACGGCGCCGCCCCGCCGCAGCCGCCGCCGCAGCAGCAGCAGCCCGGCGGCCGCCUCGACGCCGCCCUGCUGGAGAGCCCUGGCGGGUCGCGGACGCCGCCGCCGCCCGCCUCCGCCUCCUACUGCGAGGAGCUGCUCUCGCCGCCCUGCGCCAACAACGCCUUCGCCUUCUCGGGCCAGGAGCUGGGCAGCCUCAUCGCGCCGCUCGCCAUCCACACCCAGAACUUCGCCGCCAGCGCCGCCGCCGCCGCCGCGGCCGCCGCUGCCGCCGCUUACUACCGCUGCCAGCAGCAGGCGGCGGCGCCGGGCGGGGGCUGCCCGCCGCCCCCCGCCUCGCCGCCCUUCAGCUUCCAGCCCCUGCGCCGCCUCUCCGAGUCGCCCGUCUUCGACGCGCCGCCGAGCCCCCCGGACUCUCUCUCCGACCGCGAGAGCUACCUGAGCGGCUCCCUCAGCUCCGGCAGCCUCAGCGGCUCCGAGUCGCCCAGCCUGGACUCCGGCCGCCGCCUGCCCAUCUUCAGCCGCCUCUCCAUCUCCGACGACUAGGGGGAGCGGGCGGCUGCACCGGGGGAGCCGCGGCGGCCCGCCCCCCCCCCCCCCCCCCCCCCCGCCCGGCCGGGCCUCCGCCUCCCCCUGCCCCGGUUGCCGAGCAAGUAAGUGAACGAGCGAAGAAAGUGAAUUUUUUUUAUAUAUAUAUCUAUAUGUACGUACACACCGAGAGCUGAACAAAACAAACGCAAAAAGAAUUUUGCAAAAGGGCAAAUGACAUGAACUGAACAAACCUAUUUUUAUAGAGAGACCUUGGAAGAAGGGGAUUUUUGUUUUGGGUUUUUUGUUGUUGUUCUUUGGAGACAAGUUAUAAUAUGCACCAGCAGCAGCCAUUCCAUCUGUGUGUUUAAAAAAAAAAAAGCAUUAGAAAAAGACACCACCAGAAAGCAACAAACAAUCUGGGGAGCCUGAGUUCUGCCUUUCAAGCUCCUCCAAAUCUUAAGACACAAAUAAGUUACUAAGUAGUUUGUCUUUUCAAUCCAAUUUAAAUAAAAACACAGAACAUACUAAACCUAUAAGCUUUUAAAAAGAAAAAUCCAACAUCCUGCCAAGAAUAUGCCUUGAUAACAACCUUCUUUUUUAUAUAUCUAUAUAUUAUUAUUAUAACAAAUGCUAAAACCUUCAUUCCAAAGUUUAAUAUUGGUUCCAUUGCCACCACUUAGUGGAUGUUUGGCUUAGAACAAUUUUUUUUGUUGUUGCUUUAUUUGGAAGCACUCAACUGAGUUUAGUUUGUAAUUGUUGGAGAAUAACUGCUGAUUUUUUUUUUUUUAAUUUUUUUAGCUGUUUGAGUUGAUUGCAUGAAUGAGUCACUGCACACAACUCAAUAUGAAACUAUUUAACUUAUUUAUUAUCUUGUGAAAAGUAUACAUUGGUAAUUUGUUCAUACUGUAUUUAUCGGGUAUGAUGAAAAGCAAUAGAUAUAUAUUCUUUUAUUAUGUUUAAAUUAUGAUUGCCAUUAUUAAUCGGCGAAAUGUGGAGUGUGUUCUUUUCACAGUAAUAUAUGCCUUUUUGUAACUUCACUUGGUUAUUUUAUUGUAAAUGAGUAAAAUUCUUAAUUUAAGAGAUUGUAUGUAAUAUUUAUUUCAUUAAUUUCUUUCCUUGUUUACGUAAAUCUGAAAGAUUGCAUGGUUUCUUUACAGAAAUCGGUCUCGAUGCUGUGGAAGUAGUUUGAGGAAUUUCUAUGGGUUUUUUAGAAUGUAAAUGGUUGUAGCCCGUCCGAGUUGAAAAACAAAUGGAAAAAAAAUACAAAAAGGACUUAACUCAGCAAUCAGAUUUCAAAGUGGCAAAUCUAAUUCAAACUUGUUUAAAGUAACCAAAAAGUAUUUUUGUUGCCUAACUCCACCAAUCACACUGUGAUAUAAUCUCAAAGUAUGUAGCAAUAAUUGGGGGUCCCCAGUAUUAUGUCUCACAGUGCCUUCUUGAGGGUCCAUGCUUGCCUUAAAUACUUCUCAACCAAAUAAGUAUUUUUCCUAAUGCUUGAGAUAAUUUGAAUGUAGGGAUGGGUUUUAACUACAACAAAAUCUCACCACUUUUUAUUUUAUAAGAAUGGAGGCUAUCUUUGGAUCUGAAACUUUAUACAGUACCUACAUAAACAUAUCUUGUUUAAUUAAAUUCCAAAACUUGUAAUUUUUUUUUCUUAUGUAGAAAGUCAGGAGUUUUCCAAAACUUUCCUGGAUGGUGGAUGAAUGAGCAGUAGCUUAGUUUUGUUUGUACAUAGGUACAGAUUGAGCACUAUGUACUCUUUUGGACUACUUUAACAGAAGUAUGUUUUGAAUGUAACUAAAGGAUAAGUCAACUUGAGUUGUAAUAUAUUUUUCGGGAGUCAGUUCACUACAAAUUGUGUGAGACUGUAAACUUUGUACUGUAAAUGUUUUGUAGUUCUCCCAAUAAAAUUUUUUUGGAAAAAACAAAAACCAAACCAAACCAACCACCAGCAAACAGCACAGCCCUACGACCUGUUGAAGCCAUGGCUGCAAGGCAGUGAGUAUUUCUUGCCAGUGUUCCGUUCCCCCCGCCAGCCCCCCUGAGAAAUGUGUGCUUAAUUACUGAUUAACCAGCCUGGGCCGCGGCUGGGCCGUGCCCCCCCCCCGCGGCGGCGGUGGCCGGACUGAAGCGCCCGGACUCUUCCAGAAGGUUCCGGGGGCAGCGCGGCUGCGGCCCCAGUCCCGGCCCCCCCUCGCUUUUUCGGAAGAGGGAAGGGGCCCAAGCCUCUGCUGCUUGGCUCUCCGCAGCUGGCAUGGAAAAACCUAGUAAUGCGCAUUGAUCAGUAACAUCGCUUAUGGGGGGAGAGGGGGAGGGUGUUAACAUGCCAUUAGCCUUCAGUGCUUGCUUGGGAUCAUGGAGGAAAUGGCAGUUUGGGUAAUAAAAAGGCAUAAUUAAAGUUCACCCUUUGUCCCCAAAGCUUUGUUCCCCCUCAGUUAAAGGAAUGCAGACUUCUGCUUUAACGCUUCAUCAGCAAGGGUGUAUCGGUUUUAAUCGGACUAGCUUUAGAUGUUUCAGUCUGUUUUCAGGGCUUGUCUUUUAAACAAAUUACCUGUCUGAGGUUAUAUAACAAAAAAUACGCAGUGGCCUGAGGAUUGUGUAUUUGUUGAUGCUGGAGGAAUUUUUCAAAUAAUAACUCCAUAAAAUCAGUUCUUUAUUCCAGUCAGUCCCUUAAACUCUAAAUCAUGAUUUCUACAGGCUUAUUUUUGUUCUUUUGUCAUACUAAUAAUAAAUGUUGUUAACAUUAUGGCAUCUCUGUACUGUCUGGACUGCCACAGUACUUUCUAUAAAUACAAGGUAGAAUGUAAUACUGGUGCCAUAUGUUUGUGUAACAAACCUUGGACUGACUCUCAGUUUAAAAUUAAAACAAACGUAAGCAGUAUAUGACAACACAGUCCAGCUACAGCAAUCGUCCUUUUUUAUGGAUUAGUUUGUCUUGUUUGCUCAGAAUGGUUUCCUUUAUUCCGCAACUAAUUUCUGGAGAAACUUAACUUUUUUUUUUUUUUUGGUGCUCCUUGUACAGCACCUAGCACACCAGAGUCCUUCCCACUCAGGCUGCCAGUGCAUCCACAGUACAAAUACUAGGUCUGCAAGGAGGAGUUCUCUCAAGUGUUUUGUGGCUCAAAGCAAGAACAAAGAGUAGCGGUUAGUUUAGCUGGUGUCUAAACUAAUGUCUUAAUAACUCAUUUUCAGGUUUUGAAACUAAUUGUCAAACUAGAACUGCAUAAAUUAGGGGUGCACACCUUUUACUUAGUUUCAUAAUUUCUUUCUUCCCUGGGUAUGUUUGCUUCUGUCCCUUGCCCAACUCUUCCCCCAAGCCUGCCUUUUUCUUUCCAAAGUAGAUAACAUUAUUUAUUGCUGAAUUUCUCUUACAUAGGGCAGUUGUAUUCCAUCAGCUCAAUACUUUAGUCUUUUAUACAGUUUUCUGAUUAUUAAACAGGAUCUUAAUGUGAGUCACAGUGGUUCAGUUUGGUGUUUCCUGGUUAGAAUAAGAACCCUGAAAGUUUUGCAGCAGCUGUUCUGUGUUAAACACAACUGCACUGGUGUUAAUUCCAGCAUUUUGUGUGUUGAAAAUGCUGCCAGGAAAGCAAGGAAAACAGUUUAUAGAAGUCUCCCAGAAGAAGGGUGUGUGUUAGUAUGUGGGGAGAGCAGGCCCUAAGCAGGUCUGUAUCCUUCUCAAAGUAAGUGAUAUUCUGAGGCCAAUCAUGUACCAUAUUUUGUUUAUAUCUCUGCAAAAGUGUAUUUCAAAACAAUCUGUUUCAAUGUUAUAUGCUGCUGUUCAGAAAACCAGAAGUCCUUGAACCGGGAAGAUAAAGUGUCUGUUUCUUGUGCUGCACAAUCAAGUAUUAACCUUUAAACUGAUGACUUACGUUGUUGAUUCAAGCAAAAGUUCUGUAGCUUUCAUUUCAAAAUUCAACAAAGCAUGUAAAGCUGGUCAGACCAUUCAGAAAUUUCCUGAUACCUUGCAAUAAAUCAAUACACUCUGCAUUAAAAUAAA